CACGCCUCCGUCUCUGCCGGCCGCCGCGCCUGAAGAAGGCCGGGAUACGGUCACUUCCGCCGGGGCAGCUCUGCGUCCGGGUCAGCGGCUGCCGCUGCCUCUGUAGCCGGGCGACUGGGCCCGGGUCUCCACUGCCGUCCGAGGGGAGCGGGCUCCUCUCGGCGCUGCCUUCUGCGCCCUGGCCGUCAGCCCCACGUCGCCGGCCUGGAGGGGCGAAGAAGACGAGGGAGCCAAGGCUUCCUCCGGGGACAUUGGCUCUCUGGAUUAUCAGGAGUUUGUAGUUGAUAUUGAAUCUAAGCUGAGGAUGGAAGGUGUGGAACUUAAAGAAGAAUGGCAAGAUGAAGAUUUUCCAAUACCUCUACCCGAGGAUGAUGGUAUGGAAGCGGAUGUAUUAGCUGUGACUGGACCAGAGGGCCGGCCUGAAGGCAAUGGAAAUAAAGUAAGAAAGAAACUCAUGGCUCCAGACAUUAGCCUGACCCUGGAUCCUAGCGAUGGCUCUGUCCUGUCAGAUGAUUUGGAUGAAAGUGGGGAGAUUGACUUAGAUGGCUUAGACACGCCAUCAGAAAACAGUAAUGAAUUUGAGUGGGAAGAUGACCUUCCAAAACCCAAAACUACUGAAAUUAUUAGGAAAGGCUCAAUUACUGAAUACACAGCAGCAGAGGAAAAAGAAGAUGGACGACGUUGGCGUAUGUUCAGAAUUGGAGAACAGGACCACAGAGUCGAUAUGAAGGCAAUUGAACCCUAUAAAAAAGUUAUCAGCCAUGGAGGAUAUUACGGGGAUGGAUUAAAUGCCAUUGUUGUGUUUGCUGUCUGUUUUAUGCCCGAAAGUGGUCAGCCUAACUAUAGAUACCUGAUGGACAAUCUCUUUAAGUAUGUUAUUGGCACUUUGGAGCUGUUAGUAGCAGAAAACUACAUGAUAGUUUAUUUAAAUGGUGCUACAACUCGAAGAAAAAUGCCCAGUCUGGGAUGGCUCAGGAAAUGCUAUCAGCAAAUUGAUAGAAGGUUACGGAAAAACCUAAAAUCACUAAUCAUUGUACAUCCCUCAUGGUUUAUCAGAACACUUCUAGCUGUCACAAGACCCUUUAUUAGCUCAAAAUUCAGCCAAAAAAUUAGAUACGUCUUUAAUUUGGCAGAACUAGCGGAACUUGUCCCCAUGGAGUAUGUUGGCAUACCAGAAUGCAUAAAACAAGUUGAUCAAGAGCUUAAUGGAAAACAAGAUGAACCGAAAAGUGAACAGUAAGUUUGGCAUCUAGUCCAAACAAGACAAGAACGUGCUGGUGAAGCAGUGCUCUUUUUUGCAUUUAUAAUGCAUUAUUGGCCCUGAUUUUUAUGUAACCUGUUACAAAAUUGACUUGACUCUUCCUUAAUGGACUUUUGUAUAAGGGACUGUUCACUGCUGUAUUGGUUUGCAAAUCUCUUGAAUUUAGCUCUUUAUUAGCUAAUUAUAUUGUAAUCCUUUUAUAUUUUAUAUUGCUAAAUAGCAGAGAACCACACUUUAUAUAAAGCAGUUUUUGCAUUUGUUUGUUGAAUGAUGCAUCAUCUUCAGUAAACUAUUUAUAUGCCUAAAUGGUAAAAGAAAGAGAUAAUAUAUAUUUUUAUGUUUCUGAGCAAUAUUUUUUAAUGUAUACCUGUCUUGUGGAAGAAUAUGCAGGUAAAUAAGACCAUGAUUUGUAAAGUGCAUGUUUGAAUUUUUGUUUUUGUAAAUGGUUAGAUACAUUUCCUGGGUAACUUAGAAAACAGAGUUGCCCCUAAGGUGAGGGACAGUUAAACUGGUUCUCAUGAAUACCCAAAGGUCAUGUACAUAGUCUAAGUAGAUUAAUACUAUCCUAAGCUGCUUUUUUUUCCUCAUUUAAUACCGUUUCUUAAUUCAGAAGCGCAAAUACAAGUGUAUUGCACACUUUCCUUUUUAAACUUUUAAAGACAAGUCAAAAAGCCAUUUUUAGAACUAGAGAAUUUAAGAGGCUAAGAAGUGGGGUUUGUAUAUAUGUAUAUAUGGGACAUUUUAUCUUCUGGCCAAAAGUCAGAACUUUAUAAAAAUUUUUGGUCUGUUCACUAAUGUGAAAUAAGCUGUGUGUCCAGGGUAUCACUCUCCAGAAUUUGUGAGUGCCGUGUAGUAGUCAGAGACUGUGAGGAGUGACUCACUGUCACUGUUUUUCUGUAGAAAAUAGGGGCUGCUUUUUUAACUGCUCUCAAUGUGGGCACUUUACCAAAAUACUUCUUAAACUUGAUAGUAGGUAGGUGUUUGACCUAAUCAGAUUUGUGUAUAUUCACAUUUUCUGUUGAAUCAUGUUGACAGUACUGUAAAUUAAGUUAUUUUUUUAAGUCUUAGAGCAUCAUUACAUUAUGCUGUUUUGGACGACGUUUGAUAUAAGCAUACAAACUUUUUGUUUAAUUUGGUAAAUACCUUGACUCUACAUUGAAAUACAUUGUACUGAGGUGCCCAAACAGAACUUAGUUACCCACAAAAUCAUCCUAAAACAACAGAUUGGUCUGAUACUGUGUCAUAUGCUUGUGUGACUCAUACUCAUGUGGGAAAAUUAGCAUCCUCCAAGUUUGAGGGUACUUCCACACCCCAGCCCUUCCUAUAAGGUAAUUUACAAAUGAAUGUCCCGGAAUAGCAAAAUUGAAGCAGAUGAGAGCUAAGCUUUUAGGAUUUAUUCUGUCCCUGACUGAACACACAUGUGGCUUUUACCUUUGCCAUUUUUUAUAUAAAGUUUCUGUUAAAAAAGAAAAUUUUCCUUUACUUUUUGUCCUCCUCAGUUAUAAACUUGGCAUGCUAACCUAAGUCCAAUUAUGGGAGAUGCUGGAGGAUUCCCAGGAUGAGAUGUUCCUCAGCAGCCUUCUGACUUAACUUGGAUCCAGCAGCCAUGGGCAGAUCCUAAACUAAUGUCAUUAUAGCAAAUAAAGCCCAAACCAUUAUUGCUUGCUCAAACCUUAGAAACAGUUAGUGUUGAAAACAAACUAACAGUAACAACUUAGGCAUUCCUUCUGAAUUUAGCAUGAGAAUUAUGAGUAAAGGAUCACUGAAUUUAAUUAUGAUUAGAGUCUAUAUAGAGCUCUUUAAGUAGUCUUUCAUCUGUAAGUCUUUAUUCUGUUGAAAAUUUGCUGAGCUUUUUAAAUAGGUGGUUUUCCUCCACAUAAAGCACACAGUUCUUCAGGUUCAACAGUUUGUUGUGUUUAAUCACUUUUGCUUUUGCAAGCAUUGUUCCUAACUAUAGACACAACUUGUUGCAAAAGUGGUGCAUUUUCGUCAAUAUUUUUUUGAAGUACAAAUAACCUUUAAUCUGUUAGAACAUGAAAAUUCAGAGGGAACGGUGUUAAUACUUGGGAUGUGCUGUGAAUCAUUGGAUUAAAAGACACCUGCUCUAACCUACACCGUAAUGGAAUCUGGUAUAGGGACAUGCCCCAUAAUAAAUGUUUCAUAAUUAUAAUUAUAAGGCAUAAGAUCAUAACUAGUAGGUUAGAGGAAAAGCACUUAGCAAGUUUGUUCUUUGUAAUUUGUCACUAUGUGACAUUCCUCCCAUAUCAUUCGAUUUUAAUUUUCCAGUGCUGGUUGAAAUGAAAGUACGUAAAAUGUAUUAUUUUACCUUUCUGCUGGGGUCAUGGAUCUAACUUAACUUGUUCAAUGUGAUUUUUGUCACUAUAUUUUGUUAUACGUGGGAUCUGAGUGUCUCUUUUUAAUCAAAAGUUUCUCAUAUAAAAUAAUUUGGUUGUGUUCUGCUUGGACAGAUUCCUAAGUAGCACCAAGGAAAAUGCUAUUUUGGCCCCACACUUGAAGCUUAAUAGCCUUUAAUUCAAGUGGGGCAUGGGGAGGAUAGGGUCCUAAGGAGAGCCUAAUACGGUAGUUUGAAAGGAAGAUAACAAAACAAGGAAGAGAAAGAACUCUAAAGGGCUAAGAGGAGCUUUUAUCUCGGAUGUCACUGAAUGUGUCAAGGGAAGUACUGUGUAUGGCGGCUCUUUGCACCAUGUAACAGGCUUUCUUGUAUCCAACGGGAAAACCUACAGGCUUUGCACAGAAUAUGUGAAUUAAGACUAGAGUGAAGAGGGCAAAAGCUGAUAAUACCUAUAAUGAGAAUUUGUAUUUUCCUCUGUUUUGUCUCUUCAUACAGAAGCAAGUUUGUACAGAGAGGGUCAGCAAUUACACUGCUCAGAUUAAAGUUUAGGACUAGGUUAUUUUUCAUAUUUUAUGAAACAUGGUAAACAAUGUAGUCUUCCAAAAUGGACAGCACUAUUUAGUGACUGCACUGAACACUGAAAUUUGCUGAUUGAUAAGUAGAUAUCAGUAGCUAGAAUUUCUUCAACUAAAAUUUCAGAAUUUAAGGUAAAGGUUCUGUUUUUGAUAGGUUCUGUUUUUGAUAGAGAUUUCUUGUAGAUGACUAUAGUGUUACUAUUUGGGAAUUUGGAAGUGUUCGAUUUAGUGCAGAAGUGGCUUUUUUAGAUUUCUUCAAUUGAGAGGUAAAUUAGCAUUAGGGUAUUGGUUAGAAUAGGCCGAUUUCUUGUUGAGAUCAGUAAAGGUAUGGAUAUAAGGUGACAGUAGCUUCGUCCUUUUUCCUGUGUUGUAUGUGGAAAAUUGCUAACAUUGCUCAAUCAGAAGGGAGAAGAUAGGCUGAAAAUAGAAAUUUGCUAAUCCGUUCCAUCAUUUGUUUUCUUAUUUUUUUGAAAUAUUUAGACAUUUGAGAAAUGGAUCACAAACCUCAAAAGGAAGAAAUAGAGGAGUUAAUGUGCUUAUUAGUUAGACCAAAUAUUCUGUUAGAGUUUAUCCUUGUCACAGGGAACAGGAAUUGUGUGAUUUGAGUCGCUGGGAGAAAGCAUGAAGAAUUUAGCCUCACCUGAGAAGGUCAGCUGGUUAGGGAAGUGGGAGAUUUUCUGCUCAGUGUUCUAAUAGUACAGAAGAAUUACCUAGGGAUCCUUUCACUCACCUUUUCCCUAGUCCCAAGAUUCCGAAUGAAAUUAGAAUCAGAUCAGUGGUGAGUCCCAGUAAAGUAACUUUCUUUUCAAGUUCCAAAUGGUACUUGAAAAUAAGUAUUGUGUUGAACAUAACGACUGACACUAAAAUUUGAAUGUAGUUGUUACUUUGUUGCAACUGUUUAUGAUAGAUCUACUUAAUUUCUAAUUUUGGAGAAUUACUUUUAAGAAUACUAUGAAAAGUUCACAUAAAGCACUUAAACACCUGAUGAAAAUCAAGGGUUUAAUUAAGCUUUCAGAUUGAUAAAGAAUUGCAUUGAGCUGCUUGCUUCAUAUAGCUGUCUGAUUCUAUCUUGUAAGACAUUGUACAAGAGGUUAAAACAUUUACAUUUUGGAAUCUUUGUGUUUUCACAAUCAGUGUGGCUAAGGAGGAACUUGGAAAAUAAUACCAAUUAGCUAUUCCACUGCACUUUUAAAAGUUCUGCCCCUUAAACCAUUUAUUUACAUAAACCUAGCUAGCAAAUGUUGGAGGUGUGUUCAGGACCACUGACUUGCACAGUCCAUAGGACACUAUUCACAUAGAACACAAUUCAGAGUGAGUUAGACACCUACACACUUUGAUACAGAUUUCAAAAAUUGAAAUAUUUUUCUUAAUGUAAGUUCACGUGCUGCCAUUGAGACACAGUGUGCUAUGAUCAUUUCACUACUAUUCAGUUGAUGUUGCCUAGCCUUGGUGCUGUCAUUUUACAGCAUGUGAAAUUUAGUUCUGAUGACUGUGUGUGCAAGAUGUUGAUGUGAUCCCUGUAAGAAAUAAUAGGUUUGGUCUUGAUUUACUAAGGAGGUGUAAUAUUUUUCCUUUGACUUGUUAGGAAUACAGUAACUUGUGUCCUGAUUUGUUGCACGUCAUAUUUUUGCAACGUUAAUGAAUUUAAAUAAAUUAAUUGGAAAGUUUGUUUUUGA